UUUCGUAACUAUAAACGACAUUGGUCGCAAGAGAUUCUAAAGUUCAAACAUAUCUACGGCCCUGUGUUUACCCUAUGGAUUGGUUGCGUGCCGUUUGUGUUUAUAUGCGACCUCGAUAUGGCUCGGGAAGCGUUUGGUAGAACUGGUGUAGAGACAACGCAGGACACAAUGCAAUGGAUAUUGCUAUACAUAGCCCAUUACCCCUAUUAUCAGCAAAAGUUACGCAACGAGAUUAGCCGUGAGAUCGGCGAUCGGGUGCCGGUGGUUGAGGACAAGUCACGGCUCAACUAUACGCUCGCGUUUAUGACCGAAAUAUUACGGCACAGAAAUGCAGUACCGAUCGGGAAUUUUCACCGAACUGUUGUCGACACACAAUUAGGCAAUUAUCAGUUUCCUAAACAUACCCUGGUGUUUGCGCAUCAAGGCUGCAUUAUGACCGAUUCAAAGCACUGGACAAAUCCGGACAAAUUUGAGCCAGAACGGUUUCUUGACGAGCAUGGUCAAUUUGUGGAGACAAAACAGGGCGCUUAUAUACCGUUCGGUUUGGGUCGGCGCGUAUGUCCGGGCGACACAUUAGGCUAUAAUGAGCUAUUUUUGUGCUUGGUCAAUAUAUUGCAAAUGACCAGUAAUUAUCGCAUUGAAUUGCAUAGCGAUGAGGGGCUCGAGUCCGAUAUAGUAUCGUAUUUUGUAUGCUAUCCCCGACCGUAUGAACUUAUUUUAAAU